AGCGAAUACGGCACACGCGUUGCCGACAGGCCCACGACGACCACGACGAUGCCGAAAAGUAAAUUGGGCGAGGAUGUGUACAAGAAAGCAGACAAAGUGAACGCUGAGCUGUUCGUCUUGACCUAUGGCUCCAUCGUUGCACAAUUGUGCAAGGAGAUGCCCUACGACCAGGUUAACGCGGAAUUAGAAAAGAUGGGCGAAAACAUUGGUGUUCGUUUGAUUGAAGAGUUUCUUGCCAAAACCGAGUGUGAGCGGUGUCAGGAUUUCCGCGAAACGGCCGAGACAAUCUCGAAAAUCGGUUUUAAGAUGUUUUUGAACUACAUGCCUGUCAUUACCAGCUGGUCUGAAGACGGGAAAACGUUUGUUUUGAACUUGGAUGAGAAUCCACUUGCAGAGUUUGUCGAACUGCCUCUUGAAGCCCGCGGGAUCCUGUGGUACUCGAAUAUUUACAGUGGAAUUAUCAAGGGUGCCCUACGAAUGGUUCAAAUUGAAGUGAAUACACGCUUUAUCAAGGAUAUCCUCAGAGGUGAUGAUCACACGGAGCUAAGUGUUUCGUUUGUCCGAGUCAUCGACGACGAAGUCCCUCCCGGUGACGAGUAAGUUGGAACAGGUAACAAGCAGGUUUUAUGACCUUGUCCGUAACUCUCUUUGAUACCCCCCUUCUCUCCGCCUUAUGUAAAACAAGUGAGAAGUGUGCACGCAAGUGUGCACUUUUGUACCCAAGCAUGCGUCCGCAUACGCAGACGCAGGCAUCACAUAGCACUACUAUACACAAUUACCAUACACAUCUAAUAAACUACUGCAAGUAACUACGAGCGAGUGCGAGUGACCACAGGCAACCCAAGUGACACC